CAGCGCUGGUGGUGGACUGGAGCGCACAGCGGAGAGGAUCCAGCGGGGGAACAAACAACAAAUGUCAAUUCUCUUAAUCAAGACUGCAGCUUGAAAAUAUCUCUCAGCAAUGGACGUAAGAGACGGAGUGGCAGUGUGGGAAGCUCUAGCGAGCCGGGAAUCGUGUUCCAGAGACGCAGCCAUGGAGCACGUUGUGCAGGAGGUAAUAAAGAAGGUGGAGAGCAUAGGGCCCAUCCCGAAGACUCCUACUUCCCCAUCAGAAUCAUCAAGACUGGCUCAUGGGAUAGCCAGAGAUCUCAACUGUAUCCUGGCACGCGUCCUUAUGCUGUCCAAGAGGUGUCCGUACGAGGACGUGAAGAAGAGAUGUGUCUGUCUGCUCCGCAACGUUCAGGACAUGGGCGUGCGGAUUCCCAGGCCAAUUGGAAACGGACCAAGUGUAUUCAUCCCAGAGAAAGAGAUCCUUAAAGUCAGCAAACUGGAUACUAGAACGCAGUCCAUAUUCGAAGACGCCUUUUCCCUCGGGCGUCUAGACAACAUCUGCCUGGUGAUGGGCUUCCAUCCUCAGUACCUCGACUGCUUCCUGAGGACACAGCAUUACCUGCUUCAAAUGGACGGACCCUUAUCACGGCACUACAGGCAUUACAUAGGCAUAAUGGCUGCAGCCAGGCACCAGUGUUCAUACUUGGUCAACCUGCACGUGAAUGAUUUUCUGCAAGUUGGCGGAGACCCAAAGUGGCUGAACGGACUAGAAGGAGCACCGCAAAAGCUGAGAGCACUGGGAGAGCUCAACAAGAUCUUGGCUCACCGGCCAUGGCUGCUCACAAAAACACACAUCAAGAAUCUACUGAAGGCAGAGGAGCACAGCUGGUCUUUAGCCGAGCUGAUCCAUGCCGUGGUGCUGCUCACACACUACCAUUCACUGGCGUCGUUCACCUUCGGCUGUGGGAUCACGCCAGACAUCCACGUCGAAGGCGGACACACUUUCAGACCCCCCUCACUCGGCGGCUACUGCGUGUGCGAUAUCGCCAACGGCAACGGUUCUCUGGAUGACAUGGUGGGAAAUCACCAGGACACAGAUGAGGCCGGCGAAGUUGAAGUGCUGAUGGAGAGAAUGAAGCAACUGCAGGAAUGUCGUGAUGAAGAAGAGGCCAGUCAGGAGGAGAUGACCACACGUUUUGAGAGGGAGAAGAGCGAGAGCAUGCUUGUAGCCACAGCAGAAGACGAGGAAUGUGUGCCAACCAGAAACGUCUCAAGGCGCUUCGAGGACCCCAGCUACGGCUACCAAGACUUCUCCCGGCGAGGAGAACAUGUGCCCACGUUCAGAGUGCAGGACUACAACUGGGAGGACCACGGCUACUCCCUGGUGAACCGGCUGUACCCAGACGUCGGCCAGCUGCUGGACGAAAAGUUCCAGAUCGCAUACAAUCUGACCUACAACACAAUGGCCACACACGAGGGCGUAGACACCUCCAUGCUUCGGCGAGCCAUCUGGAAUUACAUUCACUGCAUGUUCGGCAUCAGGUAUGACGAUUAUGAUUACGGGGAGAUCAACGAGCUGCUGGACCGCAGCUUUAAAGUUUAUAUCAAGACUAUGGUGUGCAGUCCAGAGAAAACAACCAAGAGGAUGUAUGAGAGUUUCUGGAGGCAGUUUCAGCACUCUGAAAAGGUCCAUGUUAAUUUGCUUCUUAUGGAAGCGCGAAUGCAAGCAGAACUGCUCUACGCUCUAAGAGCUAUCACUCGCUACAUGACAUGAAGUGCUAUCACUAGUUCUCUUAGUGUUUUUUACUGUCCUUGUUGUUGCUUUUUUGUGGGACACUUCAAUAAAAAGUUAAAACAACAUAAAAAAAAGAGGAAAAAAAAAUAAACUAUCGGAACUGUCGGAGCGGUUGGGGCGACUUGGGAUCAAUCAAGGAGUCGCAGGACCCCACUGGACAGAACGUGAAAAGAAAUCGCGUGGCAAGCAGCCACCAAAGCCCACCAGCAGGGGGCGUGUUUGCAAUCCCCUUGUAAUGGGAUAGCCUGAGACUUGAGACUCGCGAGCUUAUUAGGAGGGCUAGUCCUCCCUGUAGUGUUUUCUAAUGACCGCAUCAUGUGUUGAGCUUAGCAGGAUGGAAAGGAGAACCCAUUCCAACGACUCCACACAGUACGGGUGCGGACGCAGUGCACUACCUUUGCCUUUUCUACUCUUACUGUUCGUUUCGACGUCGUAGCGGGGUGACCGCGGAGGACGGAGCAUUAGUGAAGCUACAUAAAAGUGUGCGCCUAGUCACGCUCGGCACUGGAGCGCAACACGAGAGGUGCUGUCCGUUAUUGCUGCUUUUUUUUCUCGACACCCAAACCAUUACUCAUUUUAUAAGCUAACUUGUCAGAGAGGAGGUGACGGAGUGAGAAGUCAAACGUGUGAGUGAAUGAAUGUGAGAGAAAGUGUGUGAAAUGAAGAGAGAGAGGGCUCAGACAGCUUUUUCUGUUGAAUCUCUCUCUGUUUCGGUUUACUGUAUGUUACCACUUCUCUACUUACCAAUGUGUGUUAUGGAAAUUCUAUAAACAUUAAACAAAAAAAAAAAACAGUUUGGUAUUUCAGGCAUAGAAUAUCAAGGCACUUUUUCUGAAAUACCAAAAUAUGCUUCAGCUCUAAUGUAGCGUUUUAAGUUUGUGACCGUUUCCUUAAUCUUUUUUUUUUUUUUUUUUUGUUCGAGUGUUUGAUUUUAAGGAUAAAAAGCAGUCUUCCUACUGUGACGUGCUUCCUGUUGCUCUGAACCUGAUUCCCCAAACCCCUUACCCAUCUUCCCUAUACACGGUCAUCUUACUUCAAAUUUUUUUUUCCAUCGUAUUGUCAAUAUAAGUAUUGCCAAUAUAAUAAAAUACCUCUUAUUAUGAAUCCUUAAGUAUCUACUUGCUCCUCUGUGAGCAGGAUUUUAUCUCUACAGCUUGGCAUAGACUAAAAGUCAGGCUUCAACACUGCUUGUUUUUGUUUGUUUUGUUUCUUGUUCUCGAGCAGCUUUUCUGUAUAUUUUAAGCCCCGACUAGAUUCUCUGCUAAGUGUUUACUAAAACUAAUCAAGUUUUGCAUAUCUGUCAGAGGCUGGGAAAAAUGGGUGUGGAGAAACUGAAAACGGGAAAAAAAUGAGGGAUGGUACACGUUUUGUAUCAAUUAGACUGAUGUCAGAUACUGACGCUUUUAUAAGAAAGUCUUUGACCAAAAAAUAAAUAAACGUUUAAUCAUGUUGUAUAAUAAUGUUUUAGUAUUUUUUAUGCUGGUGGCAUCAAAGCAAUCAUCGGCACGUCGUGACAACUGACCAAUCCGACUGUAUUUAAUCAUUCUUUGAAAUACCUCUAAAGGCCAUCACAGUAACACAAAACAAUACACAGCAUGGUGUAUUACCCUGGUCAGGGUGGCAUUAGGUCCAGAAUACCACCUGGAAAUGGUGACGAUGCAAAUCAGAGGAACACAUUCACACCUAGACCCACAUUUAGAGCCAAGUUAGAAAAUCUGCUCCACAUAAAUUAUAUAAUAAUAUAUUUUGAGUGGUUGGAGGAAACAAGACUCACAGACUGGCCAGAAAUGAGAUUCAAACCCAGGUCCUCGGGACCCAUUUUGCUUUGCCACACUGUGUCGUCAUGCCCAAGUUACCUAAAUGAAGUAAGAUAAUGAACUAAAUUAAAUGUCUCACUUGAGUCUGUGUGUUCCCAGUGUAAAGUCUGGCUGCCCACUAGUUCAGCUACUAGUAAGGUUGUGUUUCAAACUGCAAAUCUGAUACUACAAUUUGUCCAUUUAAUGCAAUGCCAUUGUCUUUAUUAUUGUCACAGGGUUACACCCACAAUUUGUGUCACUCAUAUCGUAAAACCAGUAAAUGAUCAGGGUAUUGGAACUAAAUGCAUAUCACAGAACAGGGCAGCGGUAGCUCAGGGGUUAAAGUACAGGUCUAAUAACUUGAAGGUCACUGGUUUAAGCCCCACAUGUGCCAGGUCGCCACUGUUGGGCCCCUGAGCAAUGCCCUUAACCCUCAAAUGUAAGUUGCUCAAAUGUAAUGCUCUCAUUUCCUACUAUGCAGCAGUAAGUCCACCCUUAGAGAGAAUCCAACUAAAUCACCUUGUUGAUUUGGAACAUUUCAUUUUCAGAACUUUUGUUCAUAUAUUUACAAUGUCUAACAAACCCUAUCAUGCUGUUCUUGAUUAUCACUAACAUGAUUAUUAAUCCUGAAUGUAUACUCUUGACAGAUCUGUGGUUCAGUGUUGUUCUAGCUGAUUGUACAGAUGGUACCAGUGAAGUGUUAUUGUUAAGCUAAAUGGAUUGUAUGAGUCUGGGGGUUGGAGGGAAGGCCAUUUUUUACCCGCUAUGUUGUAACUUUAAAAUGAGAUUCUAACUCUUGUCUGUCCUUGUGUUACUUCUGUUUUUUUCUCGUCUCUUUAAUAAAGCGUUCGUGAUAAUUGCA